AUGGCUAUUCCCAAGGGAUUUGCGGCGCCCAAGGCUUCUGACAAAAUCACUGUCUACUUGUCGGCCAAUGAAACUGCCCCGCCUGCGCCUCCGUUCGAGUUACAGAGAUGGAUCUCUCGUGACACUUGGAAUGCUCGUGUGCCGGUCAUCACGAGGACGUCUGCGAAAUAUUCAAAGCCAAUGUUCGAGCGCGUUUGGACACUGAUCGGGCUCAUUGCGGUCAUUGUCCUCCCGGUUGCCCUGUACCGCGUCAUCCUCGCCGCGAUGAACGACAACCGGGAAGGGGAAGUCAAAUUCUUCUUCGAGGCCAAAGCGGUUAGCUUCGGUAUCCUCGUCGGAACCCUCCUGCUCUUCUGGCUGCCCAUGGCCAUCUGGAAGUUCAUUGGAAACCGCCAGGUCAACGCCAUCGUGCACAAGUGGGAGCGCGAGGACAGGGCAACUAUGGGUCCCGGCGCCGUCAUCCCCACCUGGAAGGUCAAGACUCCCGGCGUGAUGAAUAUGUCCAUCUGCCUCAUCAUCGACGUGCCGUCCGUGCGCGCGUCGCGGUCCUUCGGAUUCAACACGCUCCCGGGCAACAUCGUGAACGCCCCUCCGAGUUACUACCAGGGUGGCAAUGUUCCGCCUCAGGUCGGCGUCGUCAACGGCAUGCCCGUAUCGAUACCUGUCAUGUCUGAGGCUCCCAAGCCCGAGAAUCCCUUCAAGGACCAAAACCCGUUCGAGGACAAGAACAAGGUGGAGGAGGUCAAGGUUUGA